UGCCGGACAUGUGCAUGUUGCCGCUGCACUGCUGGCCCCCAUUUUACCAAAGUGGAUGUAACGUGAUUGGCACAGAGCAGCUCGAAUGCUCUCUGGAUGGAGAUAAUCUGUGCCAGCAAGAUGAAACUAUGCAGAGUCCAGCCUUUAUUUCUGUUACUUCUGUUUAUCAGUGCCAUGCCAAGUUGUUGGUGUGCCCAUGGGAAUUAUGCACAGAAGCUCCUAAAUGAUUUAUUCACCAACUAUACUAGUGCUCUGAGACCCGUGGAGGACACAAACACCAUCCUGAAUGUGACCCUGCAGGUUACUCUGUCUCAAAUCAUCGACAUGGAUGAGCGCAACCAAAUUCUGACUGCAUAUCUAUGGAUACGGCAGGUGUGGGUUGAUGCACACCUCAAAUGGAAAAAAGAUGAUUAUGAUGGACUCGAUACCAUCCGUAUACCUAGUAGUUAUGUAUGGAGACCUGAUAUAGUCCUAUAUAACAAUGCCGAUGAUCAUUUCACUGGCCCCAUGGACACCAAUGUGGUGAUCCGGCAUGACGGGCAGAUAAUGUGGGAUUCCCCGGCUAUUACAAAGAGCUCCUGCAAAGUGGAUGUGUCGUUCUUUCCGUUUGAUGCCCAGCAGUGCAGGUUCACCUAUGGCUCCUGGACCUACAAUGGUAACCAGCUGGACAUCCUGAACGCCAUGGAGAGCGCUGACCUGGCUGACCUGGUGGAGAACGUGGAAUGGGAGGUGCUGGGGAUGCCGGCUAAGAAGAACAUUGUUCUGUAUGGCUGCUGUGCUGACCCUUACCCUGAUGUGACCUACACUCUGAAACUGAAGAGGAGGGCCUCCUUCUAUGUCUUCAACUUGCUCAUUCCCUGUGUGAUGAUCUCGUUCCUGGCCCCACUGGGCUUCUACCUGCCUGCUGACUCUGGAGAGAAGGUGUCUUUGGGCGUCACUGUGAUGCUGGCCCUCACUGUCUUUCAGCUGCUGGUUGCAGAGAUCAUGCCCCCCUCUGAGAAUGUACCACUUAUUGGAAAAUAUUAUAUUGCAACCAUGACCAUGAUAACAGCCUCCACUGCCCUGACCAUCUUCAUCAUGAACAUACACCACUGUGGCCCGGAUGCCAAGCCUGUGCCAAAGUGGGCCAAGAAAGUCAUUCUGCAGUACCUGGCCAGGAUGUGCUUUGUUUACGAAGUGGGGGAGAACUGCAUGUCGCCACAGCCGGAGAGGCAGGAGCCUCCGCCUGUAAAGAACAACAACUGCACCAUGAACGGACAAGCUGGGCCUGGCAGGGAGGAGUAUGCGCUCAAAGUGGAGAGAGGACAAGAGGACAUGGAGCAGAUGAUGAGUCCAAUAGGCUCAAUGGGGAGGAACCCCACCAACAACUACAGCACUUGGAAGAAUGGGAUCUUUAUGAGCAUGGACUGCGGUGACUCGCUGGGUGCUCCAAGGAGGAGCAGGAAGGGAGGUGUGAGUGAUGGAGAGAAAACAGAGAGAGACACUGCCUGCCAUGCUCAAGGCCACGAGAAGCAGGUCCUGCGUAACAUUGAGUAUAUUGCCAACUGUUAUCGAGAUCAGAGGGCCACACAGAAAAGAACUGGGGAGUGGAAAAAGGUUGCCAAGGUCUUGGACCGAUUCUUCAUGUGGAUAUUUUUCAUAAUGGUAUUUCUCAUGAGCCUGCUCAUCAUGGGUAAAGCCAUCUAACUGCAGAACUCUGGAGAGAAGUUGGUUUAGCUGUCAUCCAGAUAAAGCACAAGAUUUAUUAUCUACUAAAAGUCCAUGCUGAUUGCAUUGUAUUGGACCUUCUCAGAUUUUAAGAGGAAUAUGGAAAAUACUAUCCAGGAGUUUUUGCUGACAAAGAAAAGCAGAAAAAAAGGUUGUAAUAAACUACUGUAUAUAUGUAUGUGUGGUAUGGCAUGGUAUGUCUGUAUGAUCACGUACUGUCCCACCCUGAAUAUAUCAUUUUCAUUUUUUAUAAUUUUCUUGGUAAUGAUAUUUCUUGUGACAGCUUGCAUUCCCUAACUUUCUUCCUCAUGCGGUGUGAGGGUUAAUUAGCUCUGCAAAGACACAACACAUCUGUUGACAACUCAAUAAACCUUUACGGACUGAGCAAGUGACAUUAGUCCACCGUCGGUACGUUGUCGACUAUUUGUACUGACUUUUGUUCUUUUGCUUGUCACCGGGGUCAGCUUUUACCGUACGAGUUUCCACAAAUCAGCUUCUGUUUAUUUAUAAACAUAAAUCUGGACAUUCACAAAUGAGAUAAAAAGAAGAAGAAACAGAAUUUUGCUUUGAAUAUUUUCAUCCCGAAAUUUGGAAAUAAUAACAGUAAUUCUCUUGUAUGACUGAGGGAUCAUAGCAAGGCCGUUAAAGAUAUUUUGUUUCAGCAGAGCAGUAGAAAAGCAUGAUACAAAGGACAGUAGUAUAACAAAAAGACAUCAAAUGCACACUGAUGUAAUCCUGGAUCUCAGCAGGGCGACUUCCCAUAAAAAUGGGGAAUAGUUUCAUUUCACUGAAAUUGUAUCAUUUACGCGUGAUCCCAAAUAGAGAGGGCAUGAUAAAGAAUAUUCUCAUAAAGGGUUUCUCUCUUAUUGUUAUUUUCUUCCUGUAUAGAGUAUAUACCAGUGAUCUUCAGGACUCUAAUCAGCGGCAUUCAGUUGGUGUCUCCAGUCUGAAUCAAUCUCUGUUAUCCCUGAUAGAAUGAAAACCAGAUGACUCACACACAUCCUGAGGACCAGCGCUGGUGAAGAUAAUGUUAUUUUUAUUAAUAUGUCAUCGAGCACAACAAAAAUGUCCCUUGUGGAAAUUAAUGACAAGUAAGGCACCUGAGACCCAGUAUUUAUCCAUUUAGAUUGUGCCUAUGUGUAAAAGACUGUGGGGUAAGAUGUGACUGAAUGGGUGAAGUGUUUUCUGUUCAGAUCAUGAUAUAAAUCAAAGAGAGAGGACGUUGUGUGGAGAAAUCUUUGAGAUCCUGCACACCCCGAUGGUCUCAAGGAUGAGAGAGGAUCAGUGAUUAGUAGGUCGGGCAAUAGUAUCAGGCUGGGUUGUGUACAUAAAAUCAGAACAAGAAAAAAAUAUUACAAUGUCUUACUGUAAUUCACAUGGAUUAUCUGCUAAAUCCCCUGGGUCAUGACCAUUUGCUUUGCUUGAUGUGUACUAUCCCAGGUCCUUAUGCUGCACACUGGAUUGUGAGUCUUUCUUCCAAACCCAAAGGACAAAAGAACAAACUGUUAGCCGCUGGAGUCGAGCAGAAUUCUGUUUUGAAAUUUUAAUAAAAAGCGCUGAAUAAAA